UGUUCUCCAUCACCAUCAGGGAGCCAGAUUGCAGCAUGAGAACACAUCACGGCUGAGAGGUCACCAACAUGYAGACGGACAGCUACAUCCCGACUCCGGUCCCUAGCGACUGGGCUGGGAUGGUGGUGAGUGUCGGGGCCCUGGAGGCGGUCUCAGGGGGGAGUGUCUCCUCCAGCACAGCCUGGUACAUGCCCUACUCCCUGGGCUUCCAGGUGUCCCUGACUGCCUUCCUUAUGCUGGAGCUGGUGCUGGGCUUCAGCAGCAACAUAACGGUGCUGGUGCUCUACUGCUCUCAGUCCAACCUGGUCGACUCGGUCAGCAACAUGGUCACGGUCAACCUGCAUGUCCUGGAUGUGGUGUUGUGUGUGCUGUGUCUGCCUCUGACCCUGGUGGUGGUGCUGCUACCCCCAGGGCCCAACCUGGCCCUGCUCUGCUGCUUCCACGAGGCCUGUGUCACCUUUGCCUCCAUCUCUACUGCCAUUAACGUGCUGGUCAUCAGUGUGGACCGCUACGACAUAUCCGUCCGACCCGCCAACCGGUUGCUCACCCCMCGGAGGGCAGGGCUGUUGCUGACUGCUGUCUGGGCCACGUCUCUGGCCGUCUUCUUCAUCCCCUUUCUGGAGGUGGAGUUUCUCACCGGAGGGUCGGAGAAUGGGAAGCACAUCCCCACCUCAUCCUCCUCCGCCGCCACCACCUUGGCGCCAGUGUGGCGUAACCGGACGCUGCUGUGUGUGGGCGGCCAGGGCUACCACACAGGCUUGGCCAUGUACUACCACCUCCUGCUGCAGGUGCCCAUCUUCUUUACCACGGUGGCAGUCAUGCUGUUCACAUACUCACGGAUCCUGCGGGCCUUAAACAUUCGCAUCGGCUCCCAUAUUAAGAACAGCCAGCGCUUCAGGCGCCCACCCUGUUGGGGGCGCCGUAAGAGACAGAAGCAGAAGGCAGGGCUGGGAGUGAUAGAGGGAGGAGAGCAGUGUACAGACACAAGCAAGCAGCUCUCUCAGCCUCCCUGCAUCCCCCCCAUCUCCACAGCCACCUCCCCCCCAGCCCUGUCCUCAGCCCCUCUUGUCAGCUUAGAGGGCCCUGCCACUGCUGCCCCUGUCCCCGGUCCCACUGUCCAGGCGUCUGUGUCGGCCAUCAUCGCACUGCGGCGGGCCGUGAGGCGUCACCGGGACCGGCGGGAGCGCCAGCGGCGCGUCUUCAGGAUGUCCCUCCUCAUCAUCUCCACCUUCCUGGGCUGCUGGGCUCCUCUGUCCAUGGCCAAUGUGCUGAUCCUGGGCCUGGGCCCCAGCGACACCCUGGUCAGCAUGCGCCUGUGGUUCCUGGCCCUGGCCUACGGCACCACCGUCUCCCACCCACUGCUCUAUGCCUUCACGAGGCAGAAGCUGCGGCGUGCCCUCAGGGCCAAGGUAAAGAAGCGGGUGGUGUCCCUGCUGCAGUUGGACCCCUCGCCAGGAGGGACAGUCAUACACAACUCCUGGGUGAAGCCAAGGAAGGGAUGUCAGUUACGGCUGGAGGGCAGCGACGCCACUGACCGUUGCCUGGCAGAGCCCCUGUGAGAACAGCACAGACUGAGUGUGUAUAACACUACUAACAGCCAGACAACGGGUGUAUUCACCUGCUCGUUAUACAGGUCUGUGUGAAGGUAAUUGACUCUUCACUAAGCCCCGCCCUCUUAGUUAUUGUUCCUGCCUCGGUCAAGAUUUUCCCAGGAAGCCAAAUUCCUCAUUCAAACCACUGGAGAAAACCCUUCACGAUGAUCUCAAACUGUAUUUUUUUUAUACACAAUUAAAUGAAACAGACUACCCCUUGCUGAUUAGGAGACUCUCGGGUACGUUGUGGUGGACUCAUCACAAUGGCUUUACAGAAACCUGAUCAAAUUAAGCUGUUAGUGUGGCUAGCCACUGCCAUGACUCAGCAUGCAGUCAGCUACCACUUUUGGAGAGUAGUGUACCCAAUUGUUGUACAUGAGUAAAAGUAAAGAUACCUUCAUAGAAAAUUACUAAAGUAAAAG